CUUCUCCUUGUUCCUCUUGUUCUUCUACUUCAUCUCCUCCUCCUUUCUUCCCUUUCUUCAUUUUCGUCUUAUAAUUUUGCAAUCGGCAGAUGGACAAUGUACGUCAGACAUGCAAGCUUAAUAUAAUCAUUAGGAAACCUUCGGUAAUUGCUUCUGUAAACAAAUGGUUAUUGCAAUAUCAAAGAAGCAGGCCAACUUUCUCUUAAAUUACCAUAGCAGAAGAAGAAACAAAUCAGUUGGUAACGGAACAGGACUUUAGAAAGAUCAUCGUUGAAGAGUAAGAAAUAAAAAAAGACUUAUACCGAGGAAGAGCAUUAUAAAAAAAAAUCUACUCGUUCCGAGCAGCAUAAAGAAUUUUAUGAUAAUGUUGACUUUUGCAAAGUUUUCUUCUUCAAAAUUCACUUUCGUUGGUGUGAUUCUGUUUGAAGUCAUGAUAGGAUUCGUCCAUGUACAGUCCGAGUGUCCAGGAGGAUGGAGUGAAUUUUCGUCCAGUUGCUAUAACGUACAGGGCGGCAACCUGGAUUGGGACACGGCGUUUUCAACAUGUCAAGGCCAAGGAGCUUCGAUAGUCGAGAUCGCGUCCGCAGAGGAGAACUCUCACGUCAAUAGCAUCUCAAAUGGAUGGUACAUAUGGCUUUAUUGCAGAGACCAUCUCGUUAAUGGAGAGUACGUGUGUGGAGAUGAUAAUCAUCCAAUAACUUACACAGCUUGGGGCCCAUUGAAGCCAGCUGAUAAUCCUGGGUUCGACUGUGUGAUGUUCCUCGCUGGGACUUGGAGUGAUGUUAAUUGCGCCAUCCACAUAGCUGUCGUCUGUGAGAAGGACGCCGAUAUACCGGUAGCGUCAACGGAACAGCCGAUGACAUCCUCAGCCGCAAUCACAACGGAAGGUCCGAUCUCCACGAAGACGACUGUGAUCAACGCACAGCCGAUGAGUGCCAAUGGCCUCAUGCAGAAAGAUCCCAUCCUUACAGGGUACUGCCUAGUCGGUCACGUGAUCAAAGACAUCCAAUCAACUUCUUUGAUCCGUUGCUUGGCCAGCUGUAUCAGGCUUCCUAGCUGUUCAUCAAUGAAUGUCUUCUCACAUGAGGGAAGAUGUCAGCUCAACGACUCAAACCGGACAAUGUCCAGCUUAGACUUCCAAGAAGUAGAUAACUGUGAUUAUUUUGAGUAUGUGCUGUACUAAAUUUGUCAACAAAAACGACGAAACAGAUUUUUAAAGCAAGGCAUUUCAUCUACAUUGCUUCUCUCUACCUAGGUGUUAUAAAAGGAAGGCCUACCAUAAUUGGGACCUUGUGGGAUGGGUAAAUCGGGGCGAAAGUCAUUGUCGUUUGGCCUGCACUGUAAGCGUCUAAACUGGCGUGUGUCUGAAUGUGCAUAAUUAAUUGUGUGUGGGCAAGGCUAAACUUGACGACCAGGUUAUAAUUAUAAUAUCUAUAGCGCUUAGAGACAUCGUAGAAGUAACAUGAAAUAAAU